AGGAGCUGAUGGUCGAAAGAAGAGGAGGCUGGAUCAGACAGACUUUUUACAUGUUCCUGCCUUGAACUGGAUGGAUUACCAUGGAACCUGGUGGAGGGACGCAGUAUGGGUCAGGGAAGAACUCAUUGCAUUUUAAUGCCUACACAGACCAUGGGGCUGAUCCAGGGUUGUUUUUUUUUAAACCCCUGUUACUGUUAGAACAAUUGCUCUAUUUAUUGUUAGAGUCUAUAUCACAAUGUUUUUUCAAGUUAUAUUUUACCUGAAUAUUAUUUUUUUAUAUAUUUAAUUUACUGACUGGAUUGCAAUUGCAUUACAAGGAAUUAGUUUCUAUUCUUUAUUUCACCUUUAGCCUGUUUUAGCAGUAACAAGUGAACGGGCCUCCUCGAAUCAGCUGCAUCUCUCUAACAGAGGAGAGGAGAGACGAGCACGAGCACGAGAGGGAGGGGGGCGUAUGUUGAUGGAUGGAUGGAUGACUGGAUGACUGGCUCGCGUGCGUAAACUGCGUGUUUACGCACGCGUUGUCGGGUGGAGGCGAGGAGAUGAGGAGGCAGUAGCGCGUGAUAGGAGAGAAGCGCGUUCCCCGAUUGGCUGUAGGGCUCUGGUACCCAGCUACGUCAAGAUGAACAUGUUUACGUCGAAAAUGACGAGUGUAACCUUCAAAAUAAGAGUAUUUUCACUCUGAAUUGCGUAAUUUGAUCACAAUAGUUAUUUGCACAAUUUCAAAUGAAAAUACUCCUUAAUUUAGAAUGUUAUUGAUACAACUGUUAUUAUUAUUGUUUCUGUUAUUAUGAUUUUAAUGUUUUAUUAAUAAUAAUAAAUAAGUGCCUCAUGAAGAGGGCAAAUGAAAACACAACAAAUACAAAACACCAAAGACAAGAAGCAGUCAUUUAAAAUCAAAGACCGCAAGUUAAACAAUACAAAAUCUAGGGGACCAGGGAUAAAAUAAUACAACAUUAUAUAAUAAAAGACACUAAAGUAAUAUAAAAUAUACAAUCAAAUGAAGGCAAUUCGUAAUAAGUGAGUUUAGAGGGAUUUUCACUAUUUAUAUUUAUAACAUAUUAAUUAAAAAUCGAAAUAAAACAUACAAAAAAUUGACAAUAAAAAGUGAAAUGUCAAAAUAUUUGAACGUGGUUUUAGCUGGGACCGGAAAUACUUCCUUGCAUCGUAUCUAUCUUGACUGAGGUCCAGAGGAAGAGGAGAGGAUGUGACUCUCUCUCUCUCUCCCAUGUCUCAUCCCUCUCUCUCUGCUGUUUUUUGUCUCCCUCCUUCCCCGCUUCAACCGUGGACAAAAAUGGAGCUCGGCGGAAAUUAGCCACCUCUCCCUCGUCCUCACCGGCACCGUGCUUGGAGAAUGAUCCACCGGCAGCUCGUUUUGACCCAGGUUUUGGUCUGCUUUGGGUUGACUGGUCAUUAUGCUGAUGCAGCUCUGUAGUUUCAAGAACUUGUACCAGAAUAGGUUCCUGGGCCUAGCGGCUAUGGCCUCCCCAACUCGCAGCAGCCAGACCCGCCAACGCUGCAAGGGUGCGGUUCGUCACAGCUACGGCCCAGACAGCUACGCUGUGAACGGCCUGAACCAGGAGGCCUUUAUGCUUGGGCUGGCAAGGUCCACCAGUGACACUGAUCUGGUCUCGCCGGAUGCCCGAUCCACCCUCACCAUCAGCUCCUCCCACUACACCAUAGGUCAGUCUGAGGACCUGGUUAUCACAUGGGACAUCAAGGAGGACGUGGAUGCUGGAGACUGGAUUGGAAUGUAUCAAGUUGAUGAGGCUUUGUCGGAAAACUUUCUGGACUAUAAGAACCGAGGAAUCAACGGCUCCCACAGGGGACAAAUAGUAUGGAAAAUUGACUCCAGCUCCAACAUCAUCGACUCUGAGACCCAGGUCUGCUUCAGGUACUACCACGGCGUCACUGGAGCACUGAGAGCUACAACACCCACUGUAGCCAUCAAGAAGGGCCCUGUACCCGUAUUAAAGCCAGUGGUUAGUCCUGAAGUCAACCAUGGACUGGGCAACAGGAGGCUCAUCAACUUUUCCCUGUCAGACCUCCAGGCAGUUGGUUUGAAGAAGGGGAUGUUCUUCAAUCCUGACCCCUACCUGAAGCUCUCCAUCCAGCCUGGAAAGCACAGCAUCUUCCCCUCGCUGCCACACCAUGGCCAGGAGAAACGCUCCGGAGUGGUCUGCAACACUGUCAACCCACAGUGGAGCAUAGAGAGGUUCACCUUUGUGUCUCUGCCCACUGACGUCCUGGAGAUCGAGGUGAAGGACAAGUUCGCCAAGAGUCGACCGAUCAUCAAGCGUUUCCUGGGGAAGCUCUCUGUCCCUGUCCAGAGGCUCCUGGAAAAACAUGCCAUCGGGGAUCGGGUCGUGAGUUACUCUCUGGGCCGCAGGUUACCGACAGAUCAUGUGUGUGGCCAGCUGCAGUUCCGCUUUGAGCUGACCACCUCCAUUCACCAAGAUGAGGAUUCCCUGGUCAUCGAGCCAGCCUGUCCUGAGGGGGAGAAUGCAGAAGAUGCCAACCACGCUGCUGAUCCACCUGAUGACGACACACUGAGCGUGGGACCAGACAUGCCUGACCUUCCCUUAGAUGCCUCUCCUAACUCUGAGACGUCUGCACCCCCAACCCCCUUAGCUGAGGAGUCAACACCUGAGGAGGUGCGACCUGGUGCUGAGAUGGAGAUGGAGGCGCCACCGGAGGUGGAGCAAGGAUCCACGGAGGAGGAGAGAACAGAGAGGCAGGAGCCCCCGUCCACUGAGCCCCAGGUGGAACAGGAGGAGGGGGCCUCAGCUCCACAGCAGGAGGAGAUCAGUGGAGUAGGGGAAAAUGAGGGAGGAAAAGAAGACAGGCAGUCGGAGGAAGAAGAGGAGGACCAGAUGGAAGUGUCAGCACCACAGGCGGAGGAGGUAACAGAGGAAGAAAUGGAAGUUGGGCAGGAAACUCAGCUAAAGCCAGACUGUGACAAUCCUGUAGCACUAACAACAAAUGAUGGGGGCACUACUUUGGAGGAUCCCAUUGAGGAAACCCAGGACGCUCCUGCAGAGCCAGCGGGCAGUGCCCAACAGGAGGGGACAGAGGGCGGAGAGAGAGGCUGCAUCCCCUGUGCUUGCAAGUCCCUGUUCUCAAACCACAACUCCCAUGCUCCCUCGCGCCGUAAAACCCGCCCCUGCUCCCUCCCUGUGUCAGAGCUGGAGACAGUGAUCGCCUCGGCCUGUGGUGAGCCGGAGACACCGCGAUCCCACUACAUCCGGAUUCACCACCUCCUUCACAGCCUCCCGUCGGCCCAACAGAGAGCUCCUAGCCAGGAGGAAGAAGAGGCCGAAGAGGGAGAGAUCACAAUCACCUCUCAAGAAACAUCCUCCACAUCACCUACGCUCAAAACAUCCAAAGACAGAGAGGAGGAGGGGCAGGAGGACGAGGAAGAGGAGGAUACUACCCAGUCUCCAUCAUUGGUCCUGGAGUGUCCAGGUCCUUGUUGCCGGCGGUCUCUCCCCCGCAGCCUCUCCAUCGAACGCCUCUCUGAGCUUAACCAGCUCUUGGAGGGUGAAGGAGGGCACCCAGCCAUCAGGAGGAUCUCUCCCUCCUGUUUAGAGAAUGAGGAGGGGGACUCCAGUACUGGAGGAGGAGGAAGAAGAGUCGGCGGGAGCACCAACAGACCUCCAAAUGAAAACGAGUGUGAGUUUUGCGACACGUCCUGCUACAGCACGUCCUGCUACAGCACUUCCUGUUACAGUACAUCCUGCUACAGCAACUCAGCCUAUGAGGGGAGGAGCCGUUUCUGCAGCCACACCCGCCUGUCAUCAGUGGACAGCAACAGGCUCUCUGGCAGCACUGUGUUCUCCUCGCAGGAUGAAGAAGAAGAUGAGGAGAGCGCCUUUGAGUCGGUACCUGAUACAGCGAAUGCACCCGAGGGCCAGGAGGCGGGCGGGGCAGGAGGCGAGAGGAGGACGGGGAGGUUAAAGGAGGCCAGAAGGGGAGAGCAGGGGGAACCAGCUGUGGCCGGACCCAGCGACAGAAACAGCAUUGGCUCAGACUUCUCCCCUCCUGUCGGCCAUCUUCCAGUCCUGCGACCCAGCCAUGACCUUAACCAUUAUCCUGCUGCCACUGACCAAGCCUUACCUCCAAACUGGGAAGCUCGCAUCGACAGCCACGGCAGAGUUUUCUAUGUGGACCACGUCAACCGCACUACAACCUGGCAGAGGCCAAGCAACAGCGGCAAGUGUAACCAUGGCAUCCCUCGCUCAGGGUCCACCCAGCAGAUGGAGCAACUCAACAGGAGGUAUCAGAACAUCCAGAGGACGAUGGCCACAGAGGAGGAAGGAGGCAGUCAGAGGUUGGAGAGGAGCAGCAGCACAGAGACUGAUUCUGACUCUGCUCCGACAGGCCCCUCCUCCCCUGUCAAUCACCAGAAGAUCAGCCAUCUCCUCCAAUCACCUGCUGUCAAGUUCAUCACACACCCGGAAUUCUUCACUAUGUUGCAUAGUAACUAUACAGCCUACAGGAUGUUCACCAGCAGCAGCUGCGUAAAGCACAUGAUCCUGAAGGUGCGCCGCGAUGCCAGGAACUUUGAGCGGUACCAACACAACCGGGACCUGGUGGUUUUCCUCAACAAGUUCGCAGACAUGCAGAUGGAGCUGCCGAGGGGCUGGGAGAUCAAGACCGACCCCCAGGGCAAGUCUUUCUUUGUGGACCACAACAGUCGAGCAACAACCUUCAUAGACCCUCGGAUCCCUCUGCAGAACGGCCGACUGCCGGGCCCCCUCGCCCACAGGCAGCACCUACAGCGACUACGCAGCUACAGCGCAGGGGAGGCCUCCGAUGUGUCCAGGAGCCGGGUGGCUUCUCUGAUGGCCCGGCCAGGAAACAGUCUGGUAGCCGCCAUAAGAAGCCAGCAUCACACUGACUCACCAAUGACCCCUCCAACUUACAAUGAUAAGAUCGUUGCAUUCCUCCGACAGCCGAACAUUUUUGAAAUGUUGCAGGAGCGACAGCCCAGCCUGAGCAGAAACCACGCCCUCAGGGAGAAGAUCCACUACAUUCGGACAGAGGGGACCCAGGGGGUUGAGAAGCUGUCAUGUGAUGCGGACCUGGUCAUUCUGUUGAGUUUAUGUGAAGAGGAAAUCAUGUCCUAUGUUCCACCUCACCCCAUCCACCCCAGCUUCAGCUUCUCUCCUCGCUGUUCUCCCGCCUCCUCUCCACAGAACUCUCCCGGCUUACAGAGGGCCAGGGCUCCAGCUCCGUACCGCAGAGACUUUGAAGCCAAACUAAGAAACUUCUACAGGAAAUUAGAAGCAAAGGGCUACGGCCAAGGACCGGGCAAAAUUAAGUUGCUGAUCAGGAGAGAACACCUACUGGAGGGAACCUUUAACCAGGUCAUGGCGUACUCCCGCAAAGAGCUGCAGCGGAACAAACUCUACGUCACCUUCCUGGGGGAGGAGGGGUUAGAUUACAGCGGUCCAUCCAGGGAGUUCUUCUUCCUCUUGUCUCAAGAGAUGUUUAACCCGUAUUAUGGCCUCUUUGAAUACUCAGCCAACGACACUUAUACUGUUCAGAUCAGCCCAAUGUCGGCGUUUGUCGAGAACCAUCUGGAAUGGUUCCGUUUCAGCGGUCGUAUCCUGGGCCUGGCUUUGAUUCAUCAGUACCUGCUGGAUGCUUUCUUCACCAGACCUUUCUACAAGGCCCUGCUCAGACUGCCGACAGACUUAUCGGAUCUGGAGUAUCUGGACGAGGAGUUCCACCAGUCUCUGCAAUGGAUGAAAGACAACGACAUCACCGACAUCCUGGACCUCACCUUCACCGUCAACGAGGAAGUUUUUGGCCAGGUAACGGAACGGGAGUUGAAGUCAGGCGGCUCCAACCUGCAGGUGACGGAGAAGAACAAGAAGGAUUACAUAGAGCGAAUGGCCAAGUGGAGAGUGGAGAGAGGGGUGGUGCAGCAGACUGAGGCCUUGGUCAGAGGAUUCUAUGAGGUGGUUGACUCCAGGCUGGUGUCUGUAUUCGAUGCACGGGAGCUGGAGCUGGUUAUUGCCGGGACAGUUGAGAUCGACCUCUGUGAUUGGAGAAGCAACACAGAGUACAGAGGAGGUUACCAUGAUGGUCACAUUGUGAUGCGCUGGUUCUGGGCUGCCGUGGAGCGCUUCAACAAUGAGCAGCGCCUGCGCCUGCUGCAGUUCGUUACAGGGACGUCCAGCGUGCCCUAUGAAGGCUUUGCUGCCCUGCGUGGAUCCAACGGCCUGCGACGCUUCUGCAUCGAGAAGUGGGGCAAAGUCACAUCACUACCCAGGGCUCAUACCUGUUUUAACCGCCUGGACCUGCCUCCAUACCCUUCAUAUACCAUGUUGUAUGAGAAACUGCUAAUCGCUGUGGAGGAAACCAGCACAUUUGGCCUGGAAUGACAUAGACAGAAAAUGAGGAAUCAACAUUGCAUCCGUCCAGGUGACACACCUGGCUGGGCCAUACUGUGAAGGAAAAAGCUCUGGUUCUGGUUGGUUCAUGUGGCACAGAUACCUGGAUUGUACUGAACAAAGAGGUUUUGGUCGUGUGGAUGUAUUCAUGUCACUGUCACGGUACCAUGUGUUGAAAUCUUUCACUUAGCUAUGCGGGUGUUUAUGAAAGCACCCAGCAUUUAGUACACUACGGAAGGUCGAGAGUUAUUUUUAUAUUAAUCAUUAAGACCGUAUAAUAUGAAACUACUGAUAUGGCAGUACAUGUAUACAAAAAGAAAGGGUAUACAAGAUGGAUUCAAGAUCAUUUAUAGUUGCAUGCCCCAAAAUGCAUAAUCCAUCCAAUGAUAAAAAUAUUUAUCUAUAGAUCAUAACAAAAGCAAAGUAAAAGUAAGAAAAAACAGUGACAUGCCUGGUUUGAAAGAUAUUCAAGUAAGAAAUCAAUAAGUAAUGAAAGAUAGAAAAUGCCUACACAGAAAAAGACAAAGAAAAAAAAUGAAUAGAAUCAGAAAGAAUAAUAAACGGUAUAAAGACAAGAGAAGUUUAAAUUGAAGCAUGUUAGACAUCGAACGGGGGUUGGAGAAGUAAAAUUACACUUUUACUUGGAAAAUGUUGUCUGCUGAGGGAAAAUUUAGUUUUACAAGAUUUGCAUCCUGUGAAUCCUUCAAAUCGUGACGUCAAAAUUUGUAAAUCUUCGUUGUUAAUUCAAACUUGAAUGCUAUUGAUGCGUGCACAGUCCUGCACAAAAAUUCUCAGGUGGUUUGCUGCUCGAAUAUAAUUCUGAUAACAGUAAAUUAUUUACUCAUCCAUUCAGAUAAUCUAUAAAUGUUGCUUUAAAAAAGUAGUUCAGAGUAUAAUGCAGAGGCGUAGCAGCAAAAGGAACAAUCAUCUUUGGUUUUUAAUCUGGAGAGCCAGCAAGAAUCUGCAUUGUGGCAGGUCAAUAGGAUCUCAGACUGGGACCUUAAGAAAUGCGGGAUCAAAGAAAUGCAAUGUAGCAAGGCCUCAGGUAGAGCUUGACAAACAAAUCUAUAAUUAGAACUAGUGUAAAGAUGCUUAAAUUAUAUAAACCUUGUCUGUUUGCUUCAUUCUAAGAAGUAGUGACCGCACAUUAACUUUAGCAGAACGCAUUUGGAAAACAAACAAAUUAUUCCGCCCACUAGAAGGCUGGUGUAACUCUUUUCCUAUCCACAAGAAUGAGAGGGUCCACUGUGCAGGCGUCCGUGCCCCCCCCCCAAUAUGUUAGCAUACAUGAGUAAACAACUCAGUAUGGAGCGGUGACACGGGAGAAGUGCUGAAAGAAAGAAACAGGAAUGGUCUGGCACACAGGAAUUAGGAACAGAGUAAUAGUGGACUACUUCAUAAUACAAAAAUCCUUCAGUUAAGAAUUGCGCUACAGAACGCUAACAGCUAAUCCAGCGAAUGGGUGUGUCACACCCCCUUAAAUGGGUGGGUCAUAUGGGUAGUUACAGGCUCUGCAGCUACUACAAUACCUUCAGUUCCAGUUCUGAUAAUACCUGCAUCUUCCCAUUCUCUGUGUCCCAGGGGCACAAAUAUUUUGUAAUCUUUGGACAGGAACAGAAAGAACUUCCAACAGUCCCUCCAAGCCGUCUGGCUCUGCAAGGCUAUUAACAGCAGAGACAGUGAUGUCAUGUCUCCUUUUUCAUAGUAGCCAUCAAUUCCAAAACAAGGGCUUCUGGGAUUUCCUCUGUGUAGUGUGGUCACGUUGACCCAGCAAACAGGUAGUUCAUGAGUCCUUGACUAAAAAUAAUGCCUACUCCAACUGGAUGAAGAGGACUUUUUAUGAAUCCUGUUGGCCAGAACUGUGCUUCAUCUGUCAGCAUCUCUGGUCCUGCUGUUUGAAUGGGAGCUUUGUGUACUCUUAUUCAGGUCUUCCACUGAUGAACCUCUCUGUCUGUGUACCAGGGUGUUGCUCUGUGCACCGAGCAGGUACUCCAACAUCUGAACCUUUACUGUCUCAAACAAGGGGACUAGUGCAAAGCAGCAUGUGGGUCUUCAAGGGCUUCAUCAGAUUGGGAUCCUAAUCUGAUAAAGGUGUUCUGCUAUUAACUUCUGGUGGACAGGGGCCCUUGGAUGAACCAGUGUAAUAUAUGCAAUAGUUAAUAGACUGCAACAUAAGUCUGUUUCACAGUCUGCCAUAUUCUUUAGGACAGUGACUGACUGCAGUGUUCCCUCCACAUUCCUGACCCUCUGUCUACAUCUCUUGUCCAGUAAUGAAACUGUGCCUCAGUUACUUACUGCCUCAUGUGUGACCUGUGAUUUUCAUACUUGAUACUUCAUAUCAGUAAGGUCCUGAGUUCAGAAUUUGCAUUGGUUCAUUUUGAAAACUGCAUGUUCCUCUUGGUGUUCACAUGGCUUUCCUGUCACGCUCAAAACACAACUCGAGUUUGUCAGAAACUCUGACACCGGAUUUACACUUAUCAUCUUCAACCGUCUUCAUGCACAGAUAUUAAAUAUCUAAUAUCAAAAAAAGCUCAGAAAAAUGCAACCAGACCCAUAACAGCUGGAUUGAAAUCUGACACAUUUUAGCAAGAUGUGUCAAAGGUGUAAAAGCUUUAAUCUCUCAAGGCCACAUACGUUACAGUUUGUCAUUGCAACCAUUGAAUAAACUGUAUAAGCUUAAAGGGAAGAUCCACUGAUUUGAAACUGACACUGAAGUGUUCUCAGGUGUUGCGUGGUACCACUGCAUAUGUGAAAACAGUUGUACAAAGCCUUUUUUAAUCUCCGUAGUGAGCUGUGUGAAGGCUGAUAAAUGUCUCCAAGUUAUGUCUCUUGUGUCAGUGCCAGCUGGGUCUAAAGAUGACUAUUUCGAAAAUGAAAACAAUCUGCGGGUGGGAAGUUAAAAAGAAGAGAGUUUACCACUGUCACGUAGCUCGCUCUUCAUCUCUGAGGCUUCAGGCUACAUUAGCCUCUAUUAGCAAAACAGAAAGUUGCAAUGAGGAAGAAAGUGGGAAAUAAAAAAGUCGGAUUUUAUUUAUUAGCAGUCCAUUAAUGAGUCGUCCCUGAAUUCUUUAGCUUAAGUUAAUUUAGUGCCAAACUCUAACCACUCCUUUACCACACCUAUUUGCCAUGAGGAUACUCUCUACCAACCUUAAACAGAAUGUUUUUGCGAUAAAUUUGCAGGAUAUUGUAUAAAACGAGAAUUUUGUUUGAUUGUUGACCUCGGAUGGAGAAAAAUUACCAUUAUCUUGGAUUUUAAAUAAACAUCCGACAGAGACGGUGUAUUCUGGCAAUGGGGUUAAGUUAUGAGUCAAGUGCAAAUGGGGCCUAAAUUAAGAGAUUGGCCACCUGCUGCCUGUUAAAGAUUCAGCGACCCACCUCCUAAUGCUCCAUAGAGAUUCCAGGCUUUUUUGUUUCCCACACAACGUUAUAUUUUAUUUAUUAUACUGUUAACAGUUGAAUUCACAAGAUCAAUGGAAUGAUGCGUGAUACAAUGCUUGUUGUGUUUGAUCUGCUCAAUCACUGAGAAUAAUCAAAAUGGGGUAUUGGGACCCUGCAAAAGCAACAGAAAUGAGGGGUACCAUGUUUAAUUGUUGCAGUAGGACAGACCACAGUUUAUGUGAAGAGUAGACAUUGUGAGUUUAGCAAUAGAUUUGAUCAGAGUCCGAUAUAACUGUACUGGCAGUGAGAACAUUUGCAACACUGUGGCGAGGCCUUAUCCACACAUCUCUCCGACCUACAGGACAAGGCUGUGAUUAUGUUGCAUUCCCAGUGUUUUUUUUCUACAAAUCUUUUGUACUGUUAUUUAUACUGUAUUGAAAUUAUAAGUGAAGGAAAGUCCUGAAGCUUUCCUUGAAUGUUUUGUUUGUUUGCUUUUUUUUUUAUUUUCAUUUUUUUAAGAAGCAUCAGUCCAACAGUUUGCCUUCACUUUCGAAGCCUUUGUGUUUUAGUAUGUGUCUUUUUAAUUAUCUAUUAAACUAGCUGGUCAUUUGUCGCUACAUUAAGCGCUGCAUUAAGCUACGUAACCAUUCAGUUCACAGUGUCUCUGUUUUUUCUAAUUAACACUGUCACUGGUGGCAUCAUCACAAUCAUUAUUAAGGUUCUGUCAAUGCCUUCACUGAUUUUUCUUCCAUGUCAUAGCUUAUAUAUAUAUACAUAUAUACAUAUAUAGAUAGAUAGAUAGAUAAUUUUACUGUACCAUGAAUUUAAAAGCCAAGUGUAUUCAGUAAGUAAUCUGUGCUAGAGCAAUUUUGACAACAAAUGAAAUGCAUAAAAAUAAGAGAUUUUUGUAUGUAAUUUGAUGUAAAAUGUAAAGACAGUGUAAAGAAGUCUUGCUCUUAUUGGGUUUAUAUGUUGAAUACAUCUAUUGUAGAUCUUGAACACUGGUAUUUGUUCUGGAACAAGGAAUAACACUCCCAUAACACGGAUGCAUUAGUGCAUCCGAGUCAAGCUAUCAGAGAAAUAUUUAAUUAAGCUUUUGGACAAGUAAUGCAUUAUGGGGCGUCUACACAUGGGUGAAGUGGUGGCAAAUUGUAGCAGCAGUUUGGUAUUUCUGUAUGUUCAAGUUAUUUAUUUUUCUUCAUUUUUAUUUUACAAAAGGGAAUUUUAGCAAAGGGAAUAUGUGAAUGACUCGAUGGAUGGUGGCCAAUUUACUGGGAAGUGACACUGAAGCAUGCAUAUUCGUGUAUGUGUGUCCGUGUGUGUGUGUCCAUGUGUGUCUGAGAGAGAGAAAGAGAGCGUGUAUUGCACAUUCUGGGUGUACAUAAUGUUGAAUAGUACAGCUCUGUCUGAGAACAGGUUGCUAAACACUCAGGCUGUGCUAAUGCUCCACCAUACCAUACAACUGUUUAUGAAGCUCAAUAAAAAAGGUCACUUUGUUA